UCCUCCUCUCACCACCUCGCCGCAAAACCCCCCAACCGCUAGCCCACGAAUCCCUCACCCCCCACCCCCACACCCCUGCUCGCGGUCUCUACACGGUUCCGAUCCGGUCCACUGAUCGGUGGUGCGGUGAUCGGGGGCGGCAACGAUUCGGAGCCGAGGGCUCGGUGGGGUUUGGGCGGCGCCGAAUGGCGGCGGGGUGGGAGCGCGCCAAGCGCGCCAUGGCGGCCAGGCUCUGCGUCCGCGCGCCACGGGUGCGUGCUGCGGCGGAGGGGGAGAGGGAGGGGGAGGGGGAGGGGGAGGAGAGGGGAAGGACGGUGGCUGCCUCGCCGCCCUCGCGUGCGGCCUCGCGGCGGCUGUCGAGGUCCGGGAGCAGGAGUUCGACGAGGAUAUGUGCCAUCUGCCUCGGAGGAAUGUGGUCAGGUAAUGGCCAAGCCCUGUUCACCGCCGAAUGCUCCCACAAGUUCCACUUCCACUGCAUCUCGUCGAGUGUCCGCCAUGGCAAUCUCGUCUGCCCGAUCUGCCGCGCCGUGUGGAAGGAGCUGCCAUUCCAGGGCCCUCUCCCUGCAGCCGACGCCAACAAUGGAACGGCUCGAGUGAACCCACUGGACUGGCCACUGGACGACAGGCAGCAGCGGCAGCAGCAGCGGAUGUCCGUUGCCCGCAGGCUGUCGCGCGCCGACAGCGUCACCCGGCAAUGGCAGCUUCCGGUCUACCGUUCGCUGAACGGCGGCGGCGUUUUCGACGACGAUGAACAGCUGGAUCUUCAGCCUGAGAAUGUGGUUCAGAGCCAGGAUGAUGUCGACGCGAUGGUGGUUGGUUCUGUUGGGAUCACGACGUACACCGCGUUCCCGGCGAUGGAGGAGUCUGUGGCGCAGGAGGAGUUCGCCAUCUUGAUCCACCUGAAGGCUCCGUCUUCUCCGGCGCCGGCGACCUCCCGCCGCGCGCCUGUUGACCUUGUGUGUGUGCUGGACGUGAGCUGGAGCAUGGCUGGGACGAAGCUCGCGCUCCUGAAGCGCGCCGUGGGGUUCGUGAUCCGGACGCUCGGCCCCAGUGACCGGCUGUCCGUCGUCACGUUCUCGUCGGCGGCGAGGAGGCUGUUCCCGCUGAAGAGGAUGACGGAGGCCGGGAGGCAGCGCGCGUUGCAGAAGGUGAACUCCCUCGUCGCCGAUGGCGGCACCAACAUCGCCGACGCGCUGAAGAAAGCCACGAGGGUGAUGGAGGACCGGUGGGAGAGGAACCCCGUGUGCAGCAUCGUCCUCCUCUCCGACGGCCGGGACACCUACUCCGUCCCGGCUCCACUCGGCGGCGGCCAGACGGACUACUCCGUGCUUGUCCCGAGCUCCCUCCUUCCCGGCGGAGCGGCCCAGCACGUGCAGGUCCACGCCUUCGGCUUCGGCGCCGACCACGACUCGCCGGCGAUGCACUCCAUCGCCGAGAUGUCCGGCGGCACGUUCUCGUUCAUCGACGCGGCGGGCUCGAUCCAGGACGCGUUCGCCCAGUGCAUCGGCGGCCUGCUCAGCGUGGUGGCGCAGGAGCUGCGGCUCAGCGUCGAGUGCGACGACGACGGCGUGCUGCUGUCCUCUCUCAUCUCGGGCGGCUACGCCAGCCACGUGGACGGCGACGGGCGUGGCGGCUUCAUCGACGUCGGCGACCUCUACGCCGACGAGGAGAGGGACUUCCUGGUCACCGUGCGCGUCCCGGCCGCGCGCGGGGAGUCCGCCCUGAUCACGCCGAGCUGCACCUACCGGAACACGGUCACCAUGGAGACCGUUAGCGUGGGAGGCAACACGGCGACCGUCCCUCGCACGGUGGACCCCGUGAGCUCCGACAUGUCGCCGGAGGUCGAGCGGGAGCUUCACCGUCUCCACGCCACGGAGGACAUGGCCGCCGCCCGCGCCGCCGCCGAGCGUGGGGACUUCGAGCUGGCCAUCUCCAUCCUGGACGAGCGCCUCCGCGCGCUCGGGUCGCGGGCGGCGGCGCUGAACGACGACCCGCAGUGCGCGGCGCUGGUCGCCGAGCUGGCGGAGAUGCAGGACAGGGUGGAUUCGCGGCAGCGGUACGAGGAGUCCGGCCGCGCGUACAUGCUCGCCGGCCUGAGCUCCCACUCGUGGCAGCGCGCCACGGCGCGCGGCGACUCGACGGAGCUCACCAGCGCCAUCCACACCUACCAGACGCCCUUCAUGGUCGACAUGCUGCAGCGGUCGCAGACGCUGCAGCCGGCCGAGGUGGUCAUGGCGACGAUGAGCCGCAGCUCCCCGGCUCUCGUCGCGUCGCCGUCACGCCUCGCCGCCUCGCCGCCGCCGCGGCGCCGCUCUGUCAGGCCGACGUGGUCGUUCCCCGGGCGGCACUAGCGAUGCAUGACUCGCCAUGGCUACAAUAACUUUGUGAAGCUAGAAGCUAGCUAGCUAGCUAGGUGGGAGAGGAGAACCCUAGACGCCAUUGUUUCGUUCGUUUCCUUUAUAUAUGUUUCUUCAUUGCGGUGAGGUUGUUCGACUUGUUUCAGUUUGCCAUCGUCGUUUAGUUAAGAGAGAAUCGCAUGGAUACAUAUGGUUUGGUUGAUGUAAAUGAAGGAAAAAGAAUGAUGUAGUGGAUGGACAUGGUUGUUGAAAAGAAUGUUUUUAUUAGGGAAUGAUAUUUUUUUUGGGAAAAAAUAUCUCUAUGUAGCAUAAAAUUUUCUCCGAUACCA